AGAAAACACUGCGACUGACCCAUCGUCAUGCUAGGCAGAGUAGAAGAAAACCCUUCACAUGUUUUCUGGUUGGAAAUCUUGCAGUAGAUAAUGGCUAGUGGAAUCAGCAUUGCUUUCUCCUGAUGUUGCUGGACUACAACUUCCAAUGUCCCUUGCCACUGACAAUAUUGGUAAUCCAACUAUCGGGAAGGGGGACCCUCUUGGUUACACCUGUUCUAUCUCAAUAUUGUCUCUCCUGACGGGCAAUGGCUCUUCAAGGUCUGAGGUGACAUUCCCAACCCUGCUGUUUGAGACCCUUUCAACUAGAGAUUAUGUUUGACAACUGAGGUUCCACUGUACAGUGAUGGCAUGUUGAUGACUAUUUCUCUGAACUGUGCAUUUCAAUGUCUUGUGUUAUUUUAAGUACAUGCAAUCCUGUUUAUAGUGUUAGCUCAAUGGUCUACUAGUCUGUUGUAACUAGCAGUGACUUUGUAACCUCAAGAAAAUAUCUUAGUUCUGUUCUGCUACCUUAUAUCCUUUUAACUGGAAAUGUUGAACCAGCAACCUGCUGAAUGUGAAGAUGACUUUCACUUAAAUAUGACUUCAUCAAAAUUACAGCUAUCUAAUUACUUUGGGAAGGGUUUGUGUGAACCUUGAUGUGUGAGUGAGCAUCAUAGUGCUGGAUAAGUCUAACAAACGGUCUUGUUUUAAGCCUUAGUGAAAUUUGGGAUCAGUGAGCCAUCUUCAUAGCAUGUAUUCUAACUUGCCUAACUUCUCUGGCACAGAUGGUGAAGGUGUAUCACUAACAAUAGAUCGUUUUGAUCCGGGUCGUGAAGUAACUGGUGGCUUGGGGAAAAUACCAACAGCAUCUCUUCCGGGAGAUUUUUUGAUUCCAUGUACUGUUAGUGCUUGGGGAUUUUCAUCAGGUGAUGUCAUAGUGCACAAUUCUGAAGAUUUCAGCUUGGCUUUUAAGAUACUGCAACAGAAUUUGAACAGUCAAGAUUCUUUGGAACCUUCCAAAUUGCUGACUUUAAGAGUUCACAUUUAUUCAACAGAAGAUAUGGACAACCUAAACUUUGACUUUCACUGGGCAGCUGUUACAUUUGCCAAUGCCUUAAAAUACACUCCUGUGAAUUCUGUUCCGAUAAUUCCUACAGCUCUUGCUAGAAAUCUGAGCAGCCACAUGAGCAUUACACAAGUUCAGGGUACCUGCAAAUGUGGCUAUCUUACAAUGGACCAGACCAGAAAACUACUGCUAGUUCUUGAAUCGGAUCCCAAAGCUUAUACUUUGCCACUGAUUGGCAUUUGGUUGAGUGGAAUCUCUCACAUCAACAGUCCACAAGUCUGGACUUGCAGCCUGCGCUACUUAUUCAACUCUUCAAUUCAAGAAAGGGUACUUUCAGAAUCAGGAAGUUUCCUUGUAAUUCUUUAUUCUCUGACGCAUAAAGAUCCAGAGUUCUAUGAAUGCCUUCCUUGUGGUGGACAUACUAAACUAGGCUUCCAGCUACUUACAAGCAAAGAAACAUUACGUUGCUUCAAAAACGUGGAGCCAUCAGAUAAAUACCAUAUUCAAUUUGAACUAAGUUCAGAAAAUAAAAACGCAGAAGUGGAGUUCUUCAGUAAAAUUUCAAAGAAUGUUUCCUUUAGCAGCCCAUCUCAAGGUUCCUCAGCUAGUAAACUUUCUGUUAGUGAUCAUGACUCUGGUGUGGAAGAGGAUGCAUCCCCAAGACCAUUUCCCCGUCCUCACCCAGUGAGUCAGCAGAUGACUGAGAUCCAGCCUUCGGUUCCUGAACUGUCCAUUGUGUUUGAUGGCAUCUCUACAGAAUCUGUGUCAGCGUCCAAAUAUGUCAUGGUGAUGGAUAAAAAAACCCAACCCUCAUUGGGACAUCAACCUGCUAAGAUGGCAUGUCCCAUAGGGCAUCCACCCCACCAAUUUCAGAGUUGUGAUUCUGGGAAACAAAGCUUGGGUUUCUGUGCCAGAGAGCCUUCUCCGAGGCAGUUACCAAGCCAGAUAAAGCAGAGAAUUCCAGUUUUAAAAUCUUCCAAUGGAAAGAAACCUCCACUACAACAGCAGUCCAACUGUGGUGUAGUUGGAUCUCAAGCGAGAAAGAGCUCUGGGUCUUCUUCCUCUUCUUCUCCUUCAACUCCUUGUAGCGGGUUCUCUCCCAACACAUCAUCCCAUCAGCUUGGAACAUCAGAACAACACUUGGCAAAUAAUGAGCCUACACAAAGCAAAGGAGAGCUUCCUUUUAAUGGACCCUCAGCAUCUAACUCUAAACAAUCUCAUUUAGCUUCCCAGCCUUCCUGGCACAGCUGUGCUUUGUCAUCUCCACACAUGAGGAGACCCAUGGAACUUCGGAUACCAUCUCAGAGCUCACCUUGCUGUCCUCACUGUGUCUGCAGCUGCCAGUUACGUGACCAUAUGCAAUAUAGUCCAACAAAUGUUUGGCAAGGGAUGUCUACAGUGGGUUGCAGUCACACACCUGAAAUCCAGUCAAGUAGUUCCCAGGAGAGUACACAAUUAAUGUUUCAGCAAAAUAUAGAAUAUAUAGAUCCUUGCUGCAACCCAGUAUGUGCCACAAGUAGCCCUAUGAACCUUGGCCAUCAUGGAAUAAUGGGAAAGUGUUGCCCCCAUAAUGAUGACAUGUCAGCUACAGUAAAGAUUUCUUCCCCUUCAGACCCUGGCAGUGCACAAUCACAUACAGUGUAUCCAGCUUGUGUGCACACUCCUGCAUCAAAAUUGGAACCCAAUAAUGGAAUAAUGAACUUAUCUUCAGAUGUUUACAAAAUUCUUGCUGAACAAGAUAAGCAGAUCAAACUGCUACAAGCUCAGAUUCAGCGGCUUUUAGAAGCACAAACUCUUCAGCCCUGUUCAACCAAAACUAUAGCAAACAGUAGCAUACAGUCUGAGAAGCAACUAGAAUUUGUUGCCAUGGAAACCCAAUCAUCCACAGGGUUACACAUGAAGAAAAGUGUCAGCAUUGCAGUGAGCACAGGUGCUAGCUUGAUGUGGAAUGCUACUUUGGAAAAUAAAAAUGAGCAUGUGAAACAAGAUGAUGUUGAAAUAUCCAAUGAAGACAUUAAUAUUUCUAUGGACACUGAGAAGAACAGGAGUCAAGCAAGCAUUGCCUCUUCAUUAAAUGCUGUUGACAUGCCCAGUUUUGUGGAUAGUAUUCCUCUUGUAGAAGGAGCUAGUCAACCCUCUGGACUCCGUAGUGGACCAGAUGCCUCAGGACUUCCCCCAAUUUCAUCAGUGAAUGAAAGUGUUAGCAUGUGCAUGCAGACCAGCCCAUCAGAGAAAGCUGACAGUCAUUUGGUAGCAGCUAAUGAACAAAAUACUGAGCAUGUUAUCACUUACCUUCCAAAUGCCCCACCAGAUGACCAGAAGUUUUAUCAGGAUAUAUUGGGUCAAGUGAACCACUUCUUGAAGGAGUCUUCUGAAGAAAACAGUUCCUCAGUACAAAAGGACAGUACCAGCAGUGAAUGUACCACAACUUCAAAAAUGAGCAAGACAGAAAGAAGAGGCUCAGUCAAUCCUGAUCCACUCCUAAGUGAUAAAGAUAUUGUUCUGAAUGCAACCUUGAAACAGCUGAGGAACCUUGGAGUAAAAUUUGACUCUCCUGACAAGAUGAUAAACAAUGCACACAAAGUAGAGAAUGCCAGUAUAUUGGCCUGUAUUAAUCCUGAAGCUGUAGUCCCAGGUCUAAACUACAUCUCUUUUGCUAAUGUUGGCAUGAGUGGCUUAACUCCCAAUGGAGUAGAUCUCAGUAUGGAAGCAAAUGCUAUUGCACUCAAGUACCUAAGUGAAAGUCAACUGUCACAGCUUUCUCUGAGUCACUCAAGCCAAAAAAAUUCUAUGGCUUCAUCUGUACAGACUCUCUUGCACACUAAUACUGAUAAGACUUUGGUGGGCUUUGGCUUAAUUUCCCCAAGCAAUAUGUCGUUUGCAACCAAGAAGUACAUGAAAAGGUAUGGACUAUUGCAAAGCAGUGAUGGCAGUGAUGAUGAAGAGGAAGAACAGACUGACUACAGUAGAGGAAAGAACAUAAAACCGGUUCUGCAACUCAAUUUAAACCCUCUUUUAGAUGGCUUUAGCUGCCAGAAAGACCCCUACAAAAGAGCAAGUGAGAGACUUUCUGUUAAUCCAGCACGUCAUGAAUCUGAACUAUCUAAUCCAGAGGGCCCCAUAUUAAGAAAUGUUACAAAUGCAGUCAUUCCACUUCGAAUCCUUCACCAGUCAGAUGAGAGUUCACAUCCAUUUUUUAAAGACUUUAACCCCCAAAUGAAACUUCUACCUGGAAAAGCAGAGUUUACUCAGCAUGCUGACAAAGAGAAUCUAGAUAAUCAAAUUGUAUCUGAAACUCAUCAAGCUCCUAUAGAUAAUUUAAAGCAAGUGGACAACAUGAAUUCAGUGGGUACUUUCCUUGAUGUACAAAAGCUCAGACAGUUACCCAAGUUAUUUUAACCUGUCUGAUUUAUUGGCAGCCAACUCCUUGCAGGACUUUUCAAUACAAGUUGAACCAGUUUUCUGUAGUUCAAUUUAAUCAAGAAGUCACCAACUCUUUUCAAGUGCUUUUGGCAAUAAACUAAAUGGGAGGAAAGGGUUCAAUGUGUGUCUGGUAUGAUGGCUUGACUGUCAUCUCAAAUAUAAAUAUUUGCACCUUUAUGUGUAUUGAUGUGUAUGCUCUUAAUGGUCAGCAAAUACAUAUGUAAUGGGAUAUACUUUUUAAAAUGUGUAUGAAUAUUGUAAAAUGGACUUUGGCAACUUAAUGCUGAAGUGGAAAGAGGGUUUAGGAUGAGAUUAUUUUGGUUACUCAGUUUAAACCAUUAACCUUUUUUGAGUCCAUUCAAGCAUUGGAGUAAUGCACUUCAUUAGACAACCCCGAUUCUUACACAAAUUUGAAAUAAAAAUUUCAUAAUGUUUACUAUGAUCAUGAAACAAAAACAAGGUCAGCCAAUGUCAUCCUUGUUUUUUGUCUUAUAGCAUGAACAUGAAGAACAAAUGCUGGAUAAAUGGCUGAACUGCUUAUCUGUUAUUUGUGUUUGAAAUCAUUAACAUUUUUUGAAUGUCUAAAUAAAAUGUACUUGACUCUUGUAAUAUGCAGACUUGUUAUACUCAGGGUUUUUUAAAAUUAAAUUUGGUUUAUUUUAUUUCUUUGUGUGUUACCAUAAUAGUCUUAAUUCAUUAUCUUCCAUGAAGGCCUAAGGUCCUUUAGCCUGUUUUAUAUUAUUUAUUCCAAUAAAAAAUGGAAUAAUAUCAUUAUGCACAGUGAUGUCCCUCACUUCAUAAUAUUUUUGCUGGUAUAUGCAGAGUGGGGACUGCUGAAUGUGGUGGGGAGAUCCAUUAUAUUAGCUUAGCAAAAAUUACGACUCUUAGUAAUUGCCUAAAACAGGAUUCUCAAACUUUCCUAUUCCUAGGGCCACUUGAGAAAGCUGAAAAUUACUGAAGCCCACUAGGCACAAAUUGGCAGAGCCAGAACAAGCCAAAAAAAAUAGGUGGAGUUUGACAUAAUUAGCUGUCAACUAUUGAUAUCCAGUCCCUCUGGAAAUUGCUGAGUUCUUUGCUACAGCAAUUUCCCUCUAGCAGGGAGUUCCAUACUUCAGCUUUCCUCAAGCUAAAUACAGACAUUGGCUGCAGAGGUAUAACUUCCCCCCUUUUCUGCAAAAUCGGUUCCAUAAGCUUUACCACCACCUCUUUGUAUUUUACUGUUCCUUUCCUUCAUGCACUUUUCACAUUCAUUUUUGUUAUAGCAACUUAAUUCUCAUCUUCCUCUGUAUUCCCUCGUACUGUAUUUAAAAUGUUUAUUUUAUGUGACAAUGAAGAAAUACCUUAUCUAAGGUGUUGUGUAAAAGAACCUUGCUUUCUCUUUUUCUAUUUUCUUUUACUACUACCACUGGCCCUGCAAUUCCAAGCUGUGUUCCAUAGUGCAAAAAGUGAGGUUGCCCCUUUUAUAUGGGGAGCAUGUAUGUGAAAAGGACUGAAGUCUCUGGCAACGUUUACGCACCUGAGAUCCAGCCCUAUUAUGGCUGAGACUAUAUUGAUGCAUGAGAAAGUUGUCUAUGGUUGAGGGAUGUGAGAGAUGCUUUUUCCAUUGAGACUGCUGCUGUUUGCCAUCUCUUCUGGCACUGAGAUGGCCUGCUUCUCUACCCCAAUCUGUGCUGUUCUUAGAUGCCUUAUUGCCUUUUUCUUGCAUACUUCCUGUCCCCCAAGAAAUAUGUAGCAAGUGUUUUGAAGAGUGCAAUGGGAGCUUGUAGAGUAGACCCUGCCAAAGGGAAGUUUUGAGUGGAAUUCAGUUAAGAUGCUAUAAGAUGUCAAGUGUUUAACUACUGAUGAAUAAGCUUAGAAUUGCAUUGAUGGUUUCUUGUAGAUAUGCUGACAGGACAC